AGUUGAUUUCAGUUCUUUGUUGAUGUUUUUUAUUUUUUAUUUUUAUUCAUUAAUAUAGUACUGUAUCUGUAUUUAUUUUCGGUGUCUAGUAAUAUUAUUAUGGGAGACUCUCAACCACAAGAUUCCAAAAAAAGGGCAGUGUAUGAAGCAUGGACAAAGGAACAAAGUGAUGCCUUGUUAGAUAUUCUGGUUGAGUCUGCACAUAGGGGAUGGCGCGAUAAUAGUGGUUUAUUUAGCAAAGCCACAGUAGAGGAAAGGAUAUUGCCUGUUCUGAAUGAAAAACUUAGGUGCAAUAAAAAUUAUAAUCACUACCAAAGUCGUAUAAAAUGGUUUAAGAGCCGUUGGAAUGCUUAUUCAACACUCUUGAAGUUUAACUCUGGUUUUGGCUAUGACAACACCACCAAAAAAUUCACGGCCCCAGAUGAAGUAUGGGAUGCGUAUAUAGAGGCUCACCCAAAAGAUGCAUACUUACGCACUGGGAGUUUUUCGAAUUUUGAAGACUUGGGGCUUGCUGUUGGAAACGGUGUGGCUAUAGGAAGAAACGCAAUUGGAGUGGGCAGUGCUACUGAUGCUAGGACAAUAGGAGUUGAUGAAAGUAGAGGUCCGCUCAUAGAGGAGUUGAAUUAUGAUGCUGAUAAUGAGGCGUUUGUAGUACUGGGUCAAAAUGAUCCACCGUUAUCCGGCUCCAAAUCACCUUUGGAGUCCACUGAAGUGCCUGUGGAGUCCACUCAGAGAAGAGCUCCCGCCAAAAGAAGCAGAGGCCAGUUUGAGACAAAUUUAGGCCACUCUGAAAAUAGUUCGCAUCAGGAGCUCAUGAUCAUAAGGGAGAAAGCCCAUGUGGAUGAUACACGAUACACAACUGUUGAAGAAAUGUUGGCAACAUUCCUCAUCAUUGUAGGGUACAACGAUCGUUAUUGUAACGUUCGUGAAAGGUUUGGUCGUUCACAUUUUGCUGCUAGUCAGAACUUCAACAAAAUCUUGAGAGCAUUGAACAUCAUAGCACCGGACAUGAUGGUUAAGCCGACUGGCGCAAUACCCGCUAAAAUUCGGGAAAGUACCAGAUUUUAUCCUUACUUCAAGGAUUGUAUCGGGGCUAUAGAUGGCACUCAUAUCCCGGCCAUGAUAAGAGGUAAAGACGUGAGCUGUUAUCGUAACCGUCAUGGGGUGAAUUCGCAAAAUGUUUUGGCAGCUUGCAACUUUGAUUUGCAGUUCAUCUAUGUGCUUAGUGGAUGGGAAGGCUCAACCCAUGAUUCCAAAAUUUUAAGUGAUGCAUUGUCUAGACCAAAUGGACUCCACGUGCCUCAAGCAUUCGAUAUCAUCUCAAAGAUUUCGGUGGUGACGGUCAUCAUCCAAGAAAUGCAGAUGAGUUGUUCAAUCUUCGACAUGCAUCAUUGCGAAAUGUGA